AUGCCGCACAGCUCAUCGGGCUACAGCCACGUCAGCGGAGUCGGGCACAGCGGCGGCGGCGGCAUCAACGGGGCCGAUGGCGGUGGGGCCUCGUCGUCUACGUCGCCCGCCGCAUCGCGCUCCACGUACCACACGCCCAUCCACCCAAAGGCACCGACGGCCAACCUCGUCUCGUGCAAGGUGCUCGUCUCGCUCAUCGGCCAGAUCUCCAUCUGCGCCGCCUUCCAGCUCUGGGCGUUUUGGUACACCCGCGCCCAGCCCUGGUACGAGGUGCCCGUCAUCGAUCCCGAUAACCUCAACGUCGAGAACCCGGAGAAUUCGGCUCUCUUCUUGGUGUCCUCGUUCCAGUACAUUGUCGGAUCGCUCGUCUACAGCACCGGCUAUCCCUACCGCAAGCCAGUCUACACCAACAUCUGGCUCAUGACGAGCGUGACGGUGUUGCUCCUCUUUUCGCUCUACGCCCUCUUUGUCCCUUCGGGCAUCGUCUUCGACACCCUCGGCCUCGUCUCGUUCCCGCGCUCCUUCCACUGGGCCCUCUUUGCCGCCGUCGUGUGCAACACGGUGCUCUGCUUCGCCUUCGAGUCCUACCUCUCCAAGUACGUCGUCAGGCUCGUAAAGGGCCUCCAGCGCAUGGCGCGCAGCCGUGGUCGAAAGGGGGCACGCAGGCGACACGCCGCCAGCAGCAGCAAGAUGUACAAGGUCGUCGAACGGGGUAUGGGCUUGGAUGGCGAGGCGUAG